AAAAUUGUGCGAUACAGGAAAAAAAAAAGAAACUGUACCGAUGCAAUAAAAAGAUCCCUUAUCAGCACCCUUCCAUCGUUUGAAUAAUUUAUUUUUCAUUUUGGUUUUCUUUCAUUAUAAGUGACAAGAAGCUUAAAAGGGUAUAUCAUCAUGUCCAAUUCAGAUAGAAGUCAUCAGUUUACUCAUUCGAAUACCCAGAGAAGAGCUUCAGUGGUGUUUGGAUCUGUUGGAAAAGGGGGUUUAUAUAUACCAACUGAUUUUUUAUCAACAUCUCCUCGAGAUAAUGAUUUAUUAAGUCCAACUGAAAGUGAUGUACUUGAAAUAACCGAGUCUGAUGAAAGACUGCCAUUAUUAUUGAGUCCUGGUGUCAAGAAUGAUAGAUUUCGUCGUAAAUCAGAAGUUGCAAGAGAAUUGAUAGAAGAAGAACGUGAACUUUUAAAGGAUCACAAUUUACCGGUAUAUGAUGAUGAAGAAGAAUUAAUUGAUGCUUUCGAAGAUGCUAUAGUUUCCAACAAGUUAGGAGAAACAUCUACUUUGAUUGAAUUAAAAGCAUUGAUUAAAGCAUCUAUUCCACUUGUGUUAACAUUUUUAUUACAAAAUUCUCUUUCUACUGUUUCAGUGUUUAUGGUUGGUCAUUUGGGUGCUACUGAAUUAGCAGCUGUUUCAAUGGGAGCCAUGACAGCAAAUAUUACUGGUUAUGCUUCAAUUCAAGGUAUAGCCACUGCAUUGGAUACAUUAUGUCCUCAAGCAUUUGGUGCUAAAAAGUAUACUUUAGUAGGUUCUUAUAUGCAAAAAUGUACUGCAUUAAUUAUUGUCGUUAUGAUUCCUGUCUUACUUAUCUGGGAAUUCUUUGGUUAUGCAUUGAUCUGUCUUAUCGUUCCCGAUAAAGAAACCGCCAAACUUUCAGCUGUUUAUUUACAAUAUAUUGCUCCUGGAAUUCCAGCUUAUGUUUUAUUUGAAUGUGGGAAAAGAUUCUUACAAGCUCAAGGGGUUUAUCAUAUUUCAACUUAUGUUUUAUUAUUUGCUGCUCCAUCUAAUUUAAUUAUGAAUUAUGCUUUAGUUCAAGUAUUUGGUUAUCUUGGAGCUCCAAUGGCUGUGGCUAUUAAUUAUUGGUUGAUGGCACUUGGUUUAUUAUUUGCAACUAUAUAUUUGGUUAAACCUGAAGAUACCACUAGUGGAUUACAUCCAUUAGUUUGUUGGGGAGGUUUAGAUAUUAAAGAAGCUUUCAGUAAUUGGGGUAAAUUAGCUCAAUUAGCUAUUCCUGGUUUAGUUAUGUUAGAAGCUGAAUUUUUAGCAUUUGAAGUUUUAACAUUAAUUGCUUCUUAUUUAGGUACAGUUGCUCUUGCAGCUCAAUCCAUCGGUGCCACCAUGGCCUCAUUAACUUAUCAAGUUCCUUUUGCUAUUGGUAUUGCCGCUUCUACACGUAUUGCUAAUUUCUUAGGUGCUGGUCUUGAUACUGCUGCUAAAAAAUCAACUCAAGUUGCAUUAACUUUUGGACUUUUAUUUUCAUUUCUUAAUUUGUUAGUGUUAUUCUGUUUCCAAACUUCUAUUGCCAAAGCAUUUACAAAUGAUGAAGAAGUUAUUAAAACCGUUCAAAAUAUUAUGUGGUUAGUUGCUUUAAUGCAAAUUUCCGAUGCUGUAAAUGCUAAUUCAGCUGGUUGUCUUAGAGGUCAAGGUCAAACGAAAAUAGGUGGUAUUAUUAAUUUAUUUUCAUAUUAUGUGGUUGGAUUACCAUUAUCAAUUUAUUUAACAUUUUAUUCAUCGAUUAAAGGAACUUUACAUGGUCUUUGGAUAGGUACUUGUGUGGCUUUAACUAUAAUUGGUGGGGUUCAAAGUUAUUUUGCUUUAUUUGCUGAUUUUGGAAAAUUAUGUGAAGAUGCUAGAAAGAGAACUAGUACUGUUGAACAUGUAUAAAUUUAGAAACUAUUUUUUUCAUCAUCAUAAUAGAAAUCAAUGUAUUAUAGUCAUUAUCUACAAUUCUAAUGUUUUAAUUAC